AUGCAAUUUCAUUUAAGGCAUUCAUAUUUCAUAGAGAACUUUCUAAGUCAAUUCAGUGUAGAUAAAUAAAAUUAAGUAGUUGAAUACUUAAUAAACAUGGGAAUAGAUUUGGCAAAUAAAAUAGGAACAAGAAACACAAAAGAAUUAUAUUAAUAAUUAAAACAACUAUCAAGUAUUAAUAUUAAUUAAUAAAUUACAGAAAAUAUUAAAGAAUAAACUUAAGGUGAUAUAAAAAAUGAAAUAAAAACAAUUUAAAAAUAAUUGAGAGACUUAAAUGAUUUAAUUUAAAUUUCUUAAAGAGAAAAUUAAAAUAUAUAAGGUACACAUAAAAAAUAAAAAUAAUCUAAAUAGAUUGAUUCUAAUAGAUAUUAAUAAUAUGAAUAAUAUGAACAUAAUGAUGUUCAACCAAAAAAUUAUUAAAAUUAACAUCAAAAUUAUAAUACCUAAAGAUCAUAAUCAAAAUCUCCUAUUUAAUAUAAUGAUAGAACUCCUCAUAAAUAUAUGCAUUCAAGAUCUCAUUCUUAAAGAAAUCUAACACCUAAAAUUACUGAAUCACCUCCUCCCCCUUAAAUAGUUUAUAUUAACAAUAUGCAUAACAAAUUUGAUAUCAAAUCUUAAUUUGAUGAUAGAUAAAUGUAAUAUUUAAUCAUUUUCUAGCAAAAAAUUGAUGUAUGGAGAUUCCAAAAAAAAAGAUAGAGGUAGAUAUAUUAAUAAAGGUCCUUCACCUUAAUAAAUAGUGUAUUCCUCUUAAACUAGUGGUGGUCUAUCAUAUAGACAAUAUCCUGGGUAAGUUAUUCAUCAUUAAAUGGAUAAAUAGAAAUAGAAUACUUCACCUAAGAAAUUGCCUGUUUAUUUAUAAAAUGUGGAAUCUAAAAUCAAACCUUUGGUUGAUUAAGAUAAACUUUAAUAUAGAGAGAUUUAAAAAGAUCGUGGAAGCCAUAAUAAAUAAGAGGGCACUGUAAAAUAAUUUAAUAAUAAUUCACUACAAUAGUAGAAUAGCGGUGAAACAGACACAUUCUUUGAUAUCCAGUAAUAUAUAUAGGAUUAGAAAAAAUACUAGUUUUCUCCAGUUUAAGAAAUGAAUGAUGAUGUGAGAAAUGAAGAUGACGACGUAAGUGACACUUUCUCUAAUUUCAGUCCACCAAAUGAAGAAGUAAAGGAAUUCUUUCAAUAAUAAUAAUAUCGUUAAUAACGUAGAUGA